AUGCGAACCAGUUUCACCCAAGGGCUCGAUAAAAGUAUAAAAUUCCAGCGAGGACUACAAUUCCCAGGGUGCCCCAGGCCUGCCCAGCUCAGAUCCCUGCAGGGUCACAAGAGUCCAGCUGCACCGAUCCCUUGCUGGCAAGGAAGAGACUGUCCACUGCUCCUGCAGGCGAGGAAGGCGGGUACCGCAGCCAUGCUCCGCAGACUGGCCCGGACCGCAGUCCCGGGGCUCGGGGUGCCCUGGGCGCAGUGGUCUAGGAACUGGGCAGGGGUCCCAACCCACGUGGUCGACUUGCGCAGCGAUACUGUGACCCGGCCAGGGCCGGCCAUGAGGCGUGCCAUGGCCGAGGCGGUCGUAGGAGACGAUGAUUAUGGCGAAGACCCCACAGUCCACGAACUGCAGGAAAAGGCUGCAAAGCUGCUUGGAGUGGAGCGGACUCUGUUUGUCCCCACCAACACCAUGGCUAACCUCAUCUCUGUGAUGGGUCACUGCCGGCGCCGGUGUUCCCAGGUCCUCCUUGGGCAGGAAUGCCACCUCCACGUCUAUGAGCAGGGCGGGGUGGCUCAGAUCGCUGGGGUUCACUCCCACCCCCUCCCAGACCUGCCCCACGGCACCCUGGACCUGAAUGAGCUAGAGAGGGCACUCAUUCGGGGCUUCGGGAGCUCCUACCAUCCAGUCUGCGAGCUUGUGUGCCUGGAAAACACGCACAGCAGCGCCGGGGGCCGGGUCCUACCCGUUGACUACCUCCGCCAGGUGCGCUUCCUGGCCCACACCUACGGAGCACGGGUCCACCUGGAUGGGGCCCGGCUGAUGAAUGCAGCCGUGGCUCUGCGUGUGCCUCCCGCCCGCCUCGUGGAGCACUGUGACUCUGUAUCCUUCUGUUUCUCUAAGGGCCUAGGUGCACCAGUCGGGGCUCUGGUUGGGGGAUCCAAGGUCUUCAUUGAAGAAGCCUGGCGCCUCCGCAAGGCCCUGGGUGGAGGCAUGCGCCAGGCUGGAGUACUGGCCGCGGCUGCCCUUGUGGGACUGGAUGAGACAGAAGAGGUGCUGUCAAGGGACCAUGAGAACGCCCAGAGAUUCGCCAAAGGACUCCAAGACCUGGCGUCACCCAUUUGCUCUGUGGAUCCUGCCACGGUGGAGACCAACAUGGUGCUGGUGCAGGUGGCUGGGCUGCCUCCUGAAGAGCUGUGCCAGCGCCUACAGGCUGUGAGCGCCGAGGAGGUAGCUCAGACCGGUCGUGCGGUGCGCGUGCUGCUGUUUCCCUGGACAGACCAGUCUGUGCGGAUUGUGUGGCACCGAGACGUGUCUGCUCAGGACACGGAACUGGCACUGAGAAAGUGGGAGUUUGUGCUGAGACAGUUGAGGCCCUGAGG